GUUAAUACCUUCCAAUAUUUGUCAGUUGUUUUUCACAAUGCAUGAGUGGAAUUUUAGAUUGUUAAACUGUGGCUUAGAUUAACACAUUGUUGUUCAGAUUAUGUUUAAUUUGGCUGUUCAGAGAUUUUAACGGGAGGACUAAGAAUUUAAAGGCUUUAACUGUAUUUUCAUAUUUAUUUAUUCAGAAGGAAAAUAGGUGAAACUUACACUUUUCUUUAAGAAGAUAUUUGAUUGAUUGAAAUGUAAAUUAUGUUUUAUAAAUGAUCUUUGGAUAUUUUUGGUGGACGUUAAAUGAAUUUCAAAGGAUUUGAAUAAUUGAGAAAAUGUUUAUUUCUGGAAGGUGGAUUAGCGAGACAAUAUGACGUGCAGAAGAUAACCAAACUUUCUCUGCUAUAAAAGGAUCCGUUGAUCUAAGCCAUGGAUGAGGGGGACAUUCAGGGGGACGAGACCAUCAGCCUAUCUGACGUGCUCGUGGCUCGCGACUCAUGCCUUCCUGAGGAUGAGUUAUGGGCCCUGUGUCGGGAAUGCUGCCUCGUUCUGGAGGUCGUUAACAACUCGCCUGACAGUUUCCAGACUCUGUGUGUUACACCUGAUACGGUUGCCUUCGAUCAAGUGGGCAACGUCUGUUUUCUGGAUUUGGACGUUGACCCUGAACCGAUCUACCUUCCCCCGGAAUACAGCAGCAGCGGCAACAACUACAAGGCCCAUCUGUUUUCCUUGGGCAUGACAUUGCUGUAUGCUGCGGAAUACAACGGUGACAAUACCCAGGAAGCUGUGAGCCAAGAACUGCGUGAGAUUCUAGGUCGAAUGACCGCUGAUGACCCUGGGAAUAGACCUGACCUUGAAUCAACGAUCAUACUGUGUGAAGAACAACUGUGCGGGCAGUCUUCACAGGAAGUUUGUUGCGGGAUUGCUGCUGUUGUUGGCUUUGGAAUUACUGCUGAAGAUAUGAUAGAAAGUCUUUACUGGAAAGGCGGCAAUCUUAAUAGCAUUUGCGAUUUAAGUGUCGAGGGAAUUGAAAAUCCAGCGAGCAUUCAUACAAAAGUUUAUGACGAGACUGAGGCCACUGCCACGGCCACCUACCAAACAGACGGCUCUCCAGAGGAUUAUUCCCACGCCGAAUCUUUCAUCCAAUCAGAACAGGCUGAUGCUACUUACUGUGAUGAUAUUCCCGAUCUCACUGAUGAAAUUUCUCAAGCAGAGUCACUUCCCUUGUCUGAACAGGAAACUGUGAUCGUCUUAGAUACGACGAUAUCUCAGGAUGAUUCUAUUUUGAGUGAAGAAUUCGAAAUGGAGAAACAAACAAAAACAAAAUCAAGAUUGAAAAGUGAUAGUACUAGUGACCUCAGUAAUGUUAAACCAAAACCAGCUCUUCCAAAAAAGCCAGAUUUAACAGUAACCUCAGGACAUACCUCUGAAGAAAGUGCUUCCACCACACAAAAUAGUUCCAGCAAAACGAAUGGGGAAUUAGUUGUGUCAGAGUUAUUGAGUGAAAGUGAUACCUCGGAUCAGAGUCGAAAAGAACAGGAGAAAAGAUCGAGUGAAAGAAAACAUAAAUUGUCGAGUAGUAGUUCUUCUGAUUUGAAUAAAAGUGAUCCCAAACCAAAAGAAAGGAAAAGUAGUUCGAGUAGCAAGAAGGAGUUACAAAAGGAUAAUAAUCAAAAUAUAACCUUCUUAAAAUAUGGAGACUCAGGAAAUAAAACGCAAACUACCGGUGAUAGUGAAGUAGCUACUGAUAUAAAUAGUAAUGGUUUGGACAAAAAUGAGAAUGCUGAACCUGCUUCGGGUAAAAAGAGGAACAGACGAAAACAGGGGCUGACAAUUACAGAUAUUCUGGACUGUCUUGACAGGUCGCUCAGGGAGGAAGAGUUGUGGGCCUUAUGUAAGGAAGGCACAGCUGCUCUACAGAGAAAGAAAAAACACCUCCCUGCGUACCUGUCACCAGACACGCUGGUUAUCCGAGAGUCAGGGAACCUGUCAUUCAAGGCCAUCCCGGAGGAGAAGCCAUUGGAGGUUAUCUUCAUGGCCCCUGAACUUCAGGAGAGGGGAGAGCUCACAGACAAGACUUGCCUGUUUGGCUUGAGUGUGACGUUACGAUGUGCGGCAGGGAAGAAGUACGGCCCCGUGUCGACGUUGAACAUCACGCGUGACCUGAAGGAUCUGCUCAUGUACCUGGCCGACCCAAACCCAGCCAAGAGGCCAGAACUGGUUGAUGUUGCUAAGGCUUGCAAUGAACACAGUAAUGGACAGAGCUCUGAUAGUGUGUGUGCUCAGAUCUUCCAAGAUGCCUACACAGCUUUGGGUGAGAAGGAAAACAGAUCUCAGAAGGCACAGAAAGAGGAAACACCAGCUCCAGCCAGUGUGUGUACCCCGUCUGCAUUUAAACCUGCUGGGGGUUCAUCCUUCCAACCUAUCAAACCCACUGCUGUAGGGUCAAAUUCCAGUGCUUUCUCUAGUACGGGAGCAUUUUGCCCCAUUCCUAAGAAGCCUGAGCCAAAAAAAGAAGUCGGUGAACCUAGAAUACCAAGUGCUUUCUCUUCCCCUGCCACUCACUUUAAACCAAUCAUAUUACAGCAGACAUCUGGUUCGACUAAUGAGAUGGCUUCUAACAACCAGGAGAGUAAAAGUGGUAAGGUAAAAGAAACGGACAAAACUAGUGCAUCAAAACCAUCAUCAGCAGCUAAUUCUCAAAAGAAACCAACUGCAGUAAGUCCUGAUCAGAGUAAUGACAAAGAAAAAGAAGUUGUGAAAAAAUUAAAGGAGUUGAAGAAAAACUUGAUGAAACACAAACAACAACCGUCAAUGGCAAAGGAGAUUGAAAAUGAGGAUGCAGUGACUGAGACCUCAACCCCUAGCAAGAAAUCUCUUCCAGCCAUCCCAAAGAAGUCUAGCUCAUCAAAAAGUAGUGAAAAAUCAUCAAAGAGAAGACAAUCUAGUGGUGCGUUGGAAGCUUUGUUAAAAGAAAUUCAAAAACAGGGAAAUGUGCCGGACACUAAUUCUCUGGCCUCAGCCAUUGCUGGUGUAUUAAAAAGCCAUUUACAUCAAGGUGAUAGUGCAACUAAACCUCACAUAACAAAUGCCAGUGAUAAUCAGGGUAAAAGUACCCAAGAACUUGAUAUGAGUGUGACCUCUGCACAAGCCUCAUUGGCUCAAGGUCAAAUGUUGCAAAAUUUGAAUAUUCCUCAGCAGUAUCAUUCCCAGUUAGUUGGACAGACAAUGUCACUUCCUAUGCAACAUUAUGGUGGGAAUAUGAUUACUGGGCUUCCACAGUUUCAAUUUCAACAAGAUCCUGUCACUGGAUUCUUACAGUUGGUGCCAGUGGGGGUUGUUCCUAUGCGACCUCAGAGUGUCCAUAGCAACAGCGGAAGUAUGCACAGCGCCCCAGACUUAGCCUCACCAACUGGCUCAGGUACAAUGAUGAAGGAUAUUACUUCUCCGGAUAUGUCCCCAAAAGUGUAUCAUAAUCAGAGUGACGCGAGUAACUCAAGUGCAAUAGGUGACGGCUCAGGAACACGGGUCAAAGUGCCACAUGGCCGAACUGCUAAAGACCUUGUGCAAAAAACUGCUAAUUUACGUGCCAAAAAUGUAGGACGACCCUCUCCUUCUAAUCUUCUUGGCUCACCUCAGCAGUCAAAUGGUGGAUUAUCAAAGUGGAGAUCGGAACAUACAUUAGAAAACAAGACUGAAGCUCUGUUUUAUUCCGACUCUGAACGAGCCAAGCAUGCCUCAUAUUCUAGUCUUUCAUUUAACAAUAAACUCUCAGCAGGGUUUGUGUACGACGACUCAAUGGUACACCAGGGAUCGUACCGACACCCCGCCAUUCCUCGCCCCCAAAGCCAGUAUGGUCAACCCCAUUAUCGGUCUCCAGAUGAUCGGCACCCCCUCAACUCUACGACCUCCUCCCCCUCUCCCUCAACACAUGAUAGCGGAAUCGGGGGCAUGAAUCAUGGGAUGUACAGGGGUAUUGGGCCAGGCGCAGAUAUCAGCCUUAUGGAAAGGCUACUCAGCAAUGUGAAUGUCAAACAGCAGAAAGUACUCGGUAAAAUCGUACAUCUGCUGAGGGAGGAGUUUGCGUUUGAUGGAUACAUGGAGAAUGGAGUGGAAGAUUUAGCUAUGGCGGAAUACAUAUUGUCCCUGGGAAUGUUGAAAUGGGAGACGUUUAAAAGCGCAAUCAGCGAGAAAUACAGCGACCUCUACUUCCAUGAUACGCUUCUAAACAAUCUGUAUGCCUCAGUCAAUAGCAAUAGACCAGUGUCUGUAAACAGAAACAGUUCAGGGGGUCAAAGCAGGGUACCAGUCAGUCAGAAGUCAUCCCGCCACAACAGGCAAGCAGGACACCGGGAUGAUGACUCUUCCAGCCUAUCAGAAACUAAUGAAGGGCCAAGGGAGGCCACUCACAAUAGACUACAACCCAAUUUGUCUCCCAUGGGAGGACAAAAUAUGAAACCUAGACAUAAUGACACAUCUGACUCAACUGAUAGUGAGACAUAUUCGAAACGCCGUAGGAUAAAAACUAAGCAUGAGCUUGAUAAGAUGAAGAGUUCGUCGAAUAGUAAUUUGUUGUCGGAAAAUAUUGUUGGUGAGCAGACUGUGGUAUCUGCAUCACAGCCCAGUGAGGGUGCUAUUGUGCCAAAUGGAAACAUUGAAACCAAACCUCCAAAAGUCCCUGGGUCUUUCAAUAAUGUAUCCACUACAAACUUGCCAAGCAACAAGACUGUUGUCCCCAAUGUGGAUGUGAACCAGUCAAAAUCUAGUGUAAAUAGUAAUUCAUCUCAAGUUGUGACUAGCCUUAAUGGUUCUCUUGGUUUUCCUCUAGUGAAUAAUUCUAAUCAAGGACUUACACAAGUGAACUCCAAUCAAGGACCUCCUCCAGUUAAUUCCAAUCAAGGACCUAGAGUGAAAAAUUGUACCAGUCAUCUACAGCAAUUAUCAGUAAAUGGUACAACCAGUCCACAAAAGGUAGAGGCCAAGGACACUGGUUCAAAUCGACCAAUCAGUGUGUCCUCCCACAGCAGCGGCCAAUCAGAUUUGGACAAAGAGGUCACUGAGGGCAUUGCCGUGGAGAGGAAAGGUCAUGUGGUCUACCACUGGGCCAUGAUUCACCUUAGCAUGUCACAAGAAAUGGAGAAAUUUAUGCAUGAAAUUGAUGAGCAGGAUGGGAAGAUGUUACAGCAGAGGCUUGGGACACUGGAACAACAGCUGAAGAUGGAGCGAAGGAUGAGGAAGAAGACCCAGAAGUUCUAUAAGGGCCGCAUAGAGGCCAAUAAGACAUUACUGGAGAUGAACAAGACUGACAAAACUGCUAAAGGGGAGAGGAACCAGAUCUUGCAGGUUGCCAAGGAUAUCACAGAGAUGACUAAGAGGAUCAACUUCAUUGACCUCUGUAAAACACACAUACAGAUGCUGUUAGCUGAACUCCAAGGUAUAGAUGUGAGUUAUCUCCACUCCAUCGCAGUGUGCCCCCUUGGGGAGCCCUUACAGCUCCAGCCACGCCCAGACAACCCCCUUCUCCAGUUCCAGACCCUGCGGGAGCCCCAUUCCGGGUGUGAGAUACAGGCACUGCAUGCGGGCUCACCUGAGGGACUUAUGGCCUAUCUGUUUGCAUCGACGGCGCUGAGUGAUGGUUACAUUCACCAGUUCCUCUUUUGUUACCGCUACUUCACGACAGCAGCUGAUGUUCUAGAUUUUCUCAUCACCAAAUAUGUCUCAGCAUCUAAAGUGCUUACACUAAAAAUUAAGAAAAGGUCUGGAUCAACAGAGGUGAAUAUCUCCCGUCUCCAGCAGCGAGUAGUUGACCUGCUACAUUACUGGAUGGAGGGAUACUUCUCAGUGGAUUUCCGAGGCAGACCCGGGCUUAUCAGCUCACUUAGAGAUUUUGUUAAGGAGCAUAUUCAAGAAGAGUCAGAGGGAGGUCAAGGACUUCUGGCAUUGCUUAGCAACUGUUGCUCAGGAAACCACCUAGAGCUGUCCAGCUCUGACCCAGAUGAGGCAGACAUGCACUUCUGGCAGCGGUCAGAGAAACAGAAGCAGAUGCUUGGAGAAAAGAAAAAAGAGCUUUAUGAGGAUUCUACAGAACUUAAAUCGUGGGAUUCAUUCAGGUCCCUUGUCAGAGGCAAAACUACAGGCAAGGAAAAGUCUGGGAAAGUAAAAAUAUCCGCUGUUGUGGUUGAGCGAAGACGUAAGAGUAAUGAAGGGAGUUUUGUCCCGAUGAAGCCGAUUUCCAGACGCACCGACAUGUUUGUGUUGGCGGAUUACUCAGCACAGUGCCUGGCUGAACAGUUGUGCUUAAUUGAACAGAGCAUCUUCCAGCAGACACACCCAGUUCACUACUUGGAUUCUAAAUCUCAAGGAGUGGGUGUUGCACUCACCAUGAAGCCCACUCGGACUCCGGCUGUAGCCCGAAGGAGCUGUGCAGAAGAGAGUUUUGGGCUCUUUGUGGACCCACUGCGUGAUACCGCACCUAUACAGCGGUUGAUCGACCAUGCCCAGGACGUGACACACUGGGUCGCCACUGAGAUUGUUGCCUGCAGCAACCCUAAGAUGCAAAUAGCAAUCCUCUCCAAGUUUCUCUUCAUCGGCCACGCAUGUAUGGAGCUGCGAAACUUUGCCACAAGCAUGGCCAUACUGGACGGCCUGGAAAACCUCAUAGUAAAACAGCUUCCAGCCUGGAAACACCUGCCGGCUAAGUGCUCCAGUCUCAUUGAGGAGCUAUCUGCUAAAAGAAUGUUCCUAAAGAACGACCCAUUGUCCCUAAUGCAGCAGGGCAAGGAAUGCCAUCUCUAUCCCACAAUUCCUAGCACGGUAUUCUUCCUGUUACACAUACAGCAACAGGAGAUCGGGGGAUUCAAACUCGCCAACCAGAUGUUUAAAUGGAGCAAGAUGAGAACAAUAUGUCAGGUGAUUGACCAGGUCCGAGUGUAUCGGGAGCACAUGUAUGGGUUCGACCCAGACACCGCCCUACAGGACACGCUACGCCAACGAAUACAGGAAAUGACAACACACGAUGUACAAGACCUCGCCUCACAGUACGAUAUCAACUACCACAAGCUGUCCUCAGGCUCCGGAAUAUCGGGAGCAUUGAAGAAAAUGAAGGGGAAAUUUCAAGCUAAAUAAUAUGUGAACAAUUUCAGGGGGAAAUUGCAAGAUUUUCUAACGUCUUCAGUUUCAAGCAAAAUAAAGGGGAAGUUUUAAGAUAUACUUACAUAUUUAUGGCUGUUUGUUUACAAACUGUUUUGUACAUUGAAAUAGAGUGGGAAAUUUCAUGUUUGACAAUGUCCAGCUUAUGGUAUUGUAGAUGCAGCUGAUUAUGAGGUGGUCAUGUAUUUUGCACAUCAAUGUGAAAAUUAAGACUUAACAAAAUGGUUUCAGCACAUUUCUGUGUACUGAGCUAAUGGUCCCAGUGAACAUGACAUUUAUGAUAUCAUAAUUGCAUUGUUUUUAAGUGUGGUGAAAAGGUCACUUAAAGAAAAUUGCUAAUGUGAAUGUGACGGUAAAUUAUGAAACAGGGUUGCAUCGCAAAAUGAAAAUGUUUUCAGGAAUAUAUAACUUAAUAGUCAAAGUAUUAAAGACGUACAUGUAUGUUGAAAUAGAAAUCAGAGAAUAGUAUAGCAGGAUAGGAACUGUGAAAGGUUCCCUAAAAUAUGUUUCAGUAGUUUUUGUAUUAUGUUCUGUAUUUAAAAUGAGCGUCCAUCUGUGAUAAUGUAUUUUGUGAUAUUUCAUUUCUGUAUUCAGUAGAUUGUUUUAAUUUUGCGAGGGCCUUUUGUCAAAUGUUUUGUCUUUAAGCAUUUUUCUGAGGGUAAAAAAAAUCACAACACCCAUAUUUAUUUAUUAGCAAACAAUGUGAAAUUGAUUUUCUUUUGAAGUUAGCAUCUUGAUUGAAAAAUGGCAAAUAUUGAACCCUCACAAAAUUAAAACAAUCCCCUGUAUUUCAUUUUUCCAUACUUCCUUGUACUGAAUUAUAUACUUUAUGGUAACUUACUGGCUUUUAAACUUAUAUAUUGAUAUUAUUAGUUGUGCUUUCAUAUAAUUUGAUUUUGUAUUUAUUUGUAUAUAAUUAUCUUAUUGAUAGGUAGAUCUGAUUUUUCUUUCUUUUAUUUAUGAUGGUUUAAUUUAUACAUAAGAAGUUUAUUUUUGCACACUAUUUUUUUCUUUUUACAUGAACUUUCCAGUUCCAUUUCAGCUAUGGCAUUCUUUAACUAAUGAUGCUAUUUUUGAGUGAUUUUUAUAGAUUAUUGGAUUAUUAUUUAUGUAAUAUUUUGGGGGAAUUUUUAAUUAACGGUAUAUUUUGUCACAGGAUUGUAAAGUUUUAACAAAGUGUAUAUUUUAUAUAUUAUUGGAUAAUUGUUUGUUACAUGUAAAGAGUGAAUAAAUUAUGAAGAUU